GGCGGGCGGGGGCCUGUUCGGGUGGCUGCGGGGCCGCUGCCUGGGCCGGGGGCUCUUCGUGGACCCGGCCCGCGACAAUUUCCGGGCCAUGACCGGGCUGUACAGCUCCAUCCAGCCCGCCGACUCCGUGUACCUCAGCACCCGCACGCACGGCGCCGUCUUCAACCUGGAGUACUCGCCGGACGGGUCAGUGCUAACUGUUGCUUGUGAACAGACUGAAGUCCUGCUUUUUGACCCCAUAUCUUCAAAGCACAUCAAAACUCUCUCUGAAGCUCAUGAGGACUGUGUGAAUAAUAUCAGGUUUCUGGAUAAUCGACUGUUUGCAACUUGCUCUGAUGACACUACGAUAGCACUUUGGGAUCUGAGAAAGCUAAACACAAAAGUGUGCACUUUACAUGGUCACACGAGCUGGGUGAAGAACAUUGAAUAUGACACCAAUACCAGACUACUAGUAACAUCAGGGUUUGAUGGCAAUGUGAUCAUAUGGGACACCAACAGGUGCACCGAAGAAGGAUGUCCUCACAAGAAGUUUUUUCACACCCGUUUUCUCAUGCGGAUGAGACUGACACCAGACUGUUCAAAAAUGUUGAUCUCCACCUCCUCUGGGUAUCUUCUGAUUUUGCACGACCUUGAUUUAACCAAGUCCUUAGAGGUUGGCAGCUAUCCAAUAUUAAGAGCCAGAAGAACUACGUCAAGUUCAGACACAACAGCUACCAGUUCAUCUGGUCCUAGAGCUGUGGGUUCACCAUGUCACCAGAAUGAUUCCGGUCCAUUGUCCGAGAAACACAUGUCUCGAACCUCCCAACGAGAAGGUGGAUCUCCACGAAAUAGUCUUGAGGUUUUAACACCAGAAGUUCCUGGAGAAAGGGACCGUGGUAAUUGCAUUACAUCACUGCAGCUCCAUCCCAAAGGAUGGGCUACUCUUCUUCGGUGCUCAAGUAAUACAGAUGACCAGGAGUGGACCUGUGUGUACGAAUUCCAAGAAGGAGCCCCAGUGCGCCCUGUAUCACCUCGUUGUUCUCUCCGAUUGACUCACUGCAUUGAAGAAGCCAAUGUAGGCCGGGGUUACAUCAAAGAACUUUGUUUCAGCCCUGAUGGUCGAAUGAUUUCCUCCCCGCAUGGCUACGGGAUCCGCUUGUUGGGAUUUGACACGCAGUGCAGUGAACUUGUCGACUGUUUGCCCAAAGAAGCCGGUCCCUUGCAGGAAAUCCGCUCUCUGUAUUCACACAACGAUGUGGUAUUGACGACCAAGUUUUCUCCAACACACUGUCAGAUUGCCUCAGGGUGCCUUAGUGGACGUGUUUCUUUAUAUCAGCCAAAGUUCUAGGCACAUCUUGCAUCAACAGGAACUUCACAGAUGUUUGUUUUUAUAAUUACUUCAGUUUGGUUGAAGUGUGUUCUUUUUAAAGAAAAAUCUUGUAAAUGUGGACAAGAUCAUAAUUACUAUGGUCUGUGAACAUUGCGAUGACAUGAGUACUCAGUCCAGCACUGUAUGUGUUCUGACACUACAAGUCAGGCUCUGUGCAUUCUGUUUUCAGCCUUCCAUGCAAACCUCUGCUUCUGAUGAUCCAGUGCCACUGAUUUCCAGUCUUUCUGGUUGGGUUUCACAGUAGCACUUGUUGGUCUUUCAGCGUGACUUAGGGUGGACUAUCUGCAAGAUGUCUCGCUAGGGCUGAGGGAAUUGUUACACCAAACAAGGCCCAUGCGUUUCCUACUGGUACGAUCUUUCCUUGCCACAAAGGAGCUGGACUUCCUGACAUCCUCUCACUUGGCCUCCUAUUGCUGUAACUUUUUUCUCUACAACAAUUAGGUAAUGGAGCUGUUCUCCUGCGUACUAGAUUAGUUUAGCCACAAAGAAGAAAAACACUUUCUUUUCACAGUAUAAUGAUUGACUAGAAAAAUGUUGUCACCUUUCUGUAAUGUUUUGCUAUAGUUAAAUCUCUUAGCUUGUUUUCCUUAAUGUGCAUAUAUUGUGUUUAUUGCAAGAUGGUAAAAGGUCAGGGUGGAGAUGCAUUUCCGCAGUGAAUUCAGUAGGAAGACAUUGCCGUAUUGAGCAGGGAAGCCGGAGUUGAUCAUUGCGUAAGAGUUGUUUGGAAUUUUUGACAUAAAAUUACAAGUUUAAAAUGCCCCUGGCAGGGUAAGUUGUGCCCCAGACACUAAGGUUUCUAAUUGCUGCCCUUAUUGUAGGAGGCUUUCCACAUUAAUAAAAAAUCUUAAUCACAUUUUGUUUUGAAACUUUAAGAAAUGCUACCCUCGAAGUUUCCCUUUGUGUUACCAACGCUGAGCUGCAUGGUAAAAUACUCUUUUGUAACAUGCCCAGAUCUUAGCCACCACCUUUGCAAAAGAAUUAGCCUGAAGCGAGUCUGCUGUCACUCUGCCAAAUUAAACAGUCCUUCAGAUUACAUUGUCAGUAUGGAACAGAGCACGAUAUAUACAGGCUAAAUAUAUAAUUAUCUGGAUUCAACUGGAUUUUUCAGCAGCAAGAAUACACAGAUACAACUAAUCAGUUUCACUUCUCCUCAGUGCUGUUUACCCUUCUGAACAUACAGUUGCUUCAAUAGUAAUCACAAGAACAUAAUAUUCUGAGUAUCAUUUUUAUCUGCAGAAAAAAGAUAGUCCUCUUGUGGCUCAAAACCCAACAGUGUGCAAGUGGAUGUAUGUAUCAUUUCAUAGUAUGGGUGGAAAGCAAAUGAAUUUAACCAUAUUUAAAAUUUGGAAUACCUAUUGCAUGAAACUAGGAACGAAACUCAAGACUUGACAAGUGCACAGACUAUCAUUGAGGAGGAGAUGAGCAUGGCUUCCUACUAGUCACUCGCUUGGAGUGACGAGACGGUACAAUUCUUCUGGAGGCAGAAAACCUUUCUCCCUGGGCACACUUGCUCAGCUAUGGUACUAACUAGGUUAAAAAUCUUUUUUUAAAACCCACAGUUUAAAUAUCCAGCAAUGGGACUUGACACUAGAAAUUGCCAGUGAAGAUUUCCUAGCCUAACCUGUACUUAGCUUAUCAGUGAGGCUUUAGUGGACCCAGUGAAGUCAGAAAAUUUUGCUGGAAAGAAUUUAGAUUUUGGUCCUCGGUGGUAUCUGAAGGGAUUUUAAAUAAAGUAGAUUUACUCUUGAACAAAAAACAGACUAGCAAAAGGUACUAUGGGUCCAGGCUGAUCAGGUCCAGUAGAUGAAGAUCUGGAAGCCUGGCAAUGGACUGAAUCACUCCAUGAGUCACGCCUUGU